UAUCACUUCCGGGUUUGAAAACGUGCUUCGUGAUUACCAUACACCACAGAAUAAUUAGGACCAGGACAGGCAGUAGGCAAUAUGUCUUACAAUUUAUCAGACCUGGGCAUUGGAGGAAUGCAGUCGGCUGCCUCAGCUCUGAAAUCAAAGGCUGAGGAUUAUGUCAACCAGCCAGAUGUGGAGUUGCAGUGGGCAGUGAAGGCCUAUGCUCAUGCCGAAACCUACUUCAAUCUGAUUACCUCUGUGGAUCCGUCGAUCCUGAAGCUCACACGAGAAGAUGAUGAAAUAUACUCAAAAUUCAGACAAGAAUUUCCCGAUUUUAAGGUGGAUGUUUUGACUGAAGAUGAACUGAAGUCAGAAAAGGCAAAAGAGAAAUGGCGUCCAUUCUGUGAGUCCUUCAAAGGCCAGACCGAAGACUACAACUACGGCACCCUUGUGCGCCUCGACAGUGCAAAGGAUUACUCAGAGGAAAACUCAAUCUUGGGUUUACGGAUACAGUUCCUUGCUAUUGAAAUCGCUCGUGAUCGAGAGGGACACAACUCACAGUUGCGUUUCACAUACAACAAGAAGAAAGCAGAGAAGAAGGAAGAGUCAUAGCAGCGGCCAUGUUGGAUUCAGACACAAUUUGUAUCAUCUACUUGUGGCCAUUGAACUGUGAAUAACACUGGCUAGUGGUCAGCCUGUUAGCCAUGCACAAAAGAAUAUUUUUUUCUAUCAAACUCCUUCCGACAUUGAGAAGGUGUAUGUAUAUACAUUAUGCUAGCCAUUCACACAACACAGGCUGUGAUUCAGUGUUUUGAAGGAGCUGCUUGUGUAGCAUCCUAUGGCCAGAAGUAUCAGUUUCCCGCUGUCUAAGCUAUUCAUUGUUUCAAAGCACAUAAACAUGCAGCUGUACAAUUAUCAUUUUGUAACUGUUGUAGAACAGAAGUUCCAAAGUGAUGUUUGAGACAUCCUCUUUCUCCGCACCCCCGCACCUCAACCCAUACCUCAACCCAUACCCAAUGUUCAGCCCAUCCAAAUAUAAGGUUGUUGUUUCAGGGGGUUUUUUUGUGUUCGGGUUUUUAUUUUCUUCUUUUUCUCAUUAGAAACAAUAAUUUGCAGUUUCUCAUUAGAAAUCGGCUUUCAAAUGAUGAUAGUGAAUAAUUGAACUGUAUUAAAGUGCAUCAUGUUUGGCACAAAAUGCAGACAGAUAUUGGUAAUGAAAGCUAUAGUAUGGUGGAACUUGUGGACUUUGUGAAAGGUUUAUGGUUGGGAGGCGGG